UGUUGAUAGUGUAGUUUGAAGUCGCCAAGGCUCAGAAGUGAACACAGCAGCAACGUUACAUCGCUCUGAAACUUCUUUUUUUAAUUUUUUUUUUAAUUUCAACUCCAUUACUUUAUGAUUUGUACAUUUGUGUAAAUAGAUUUUUUUUCUCCAAUUUUUUUUUUAAAUAACGAGACAACAACAACAACAACAACAACAACAACAACAUGGAACUUAAUUCUCUUCUAAUUCUGCUGGAGGCUGCAGAGUACUUGGAGAGAAGAGACAGAGAGAUCACAAUAACAAAUGAACUCAAGUCAUUUGUCUCUCUCCUGUCCACAGAGGCAGAGCACGGUUAUGCGUCUGUCUUGCCGUACAGUAGCGACUUUUCCUCAAAGAAAACGAAAACCUCGCCAAUAUCCAGGAAAACUCAGAAUAACAGAUCGUCGCACAACGAGCUGGAGAAACACAGACGUGCCAAACUACGGCUGUACUUGGAGCAGUUGAAGAAACUGGUGCCUUUGGGUCCAGACACCACGAGACACACCACACUGAGCUUGCUGAAAAGGGCCAGGAUGCACAUCAAGAAGCUCGAGGAGCAGGACAGGAAGGCUCUGAACGUGAAGGAGCAGCUGCAGCGAGAGCACCGCUACCUCAAACGCCGGCUGGAGCAGCUCUCUGUGUCGGGGUCCGUCGAGCGCGUUCGCACUGACAGCAUGGGCUCGACCAUCUCCACCGACUCUGAGCAAGAUGUGGACAUCGAGGGCGUGGAGUUCACCCCCGGCGAGGUGGACAGCGUGGACAGUAUCAGCGACGGCGAGGAAGAGGACCACUACAGCCUCCAGAGCAGCUCCAGCGACACCAGCUACACGGCCACACAUUCCCACAGACUGCAGCCGCACCACUGUUAGAAACAGCGCGACCAUCCAACUCCCAACCAGCUUCCUUGCCCUCCUGCGUCCCCUCCUCUCACUCACCUGCCUCCCCUGACCAUUUGCCAUCGCCGACGGCGCCUACUACCUACAUCAGACCAGUCCACGACGGCGGUGCACCCCGAACCAAUUCCUCCCUUCCCGGCCCCGGGUCUCCAGGAAGCAUAUGGAGCUGAAAUGCCACCUAAGCCUUCCUGACCCCCCCUCUGACCACUGACCCUACCUCACCCUACUGUAUCCUGCCCCCCUCCGACACGCCCUGCCCCCCCACUGCCCUCACAACUCCUACCCAGUGUAGCAGCAGGCUCAGAGAGCAGAGCAGAGUGUUGUGGUGGUCACCUUUGACUUGUUGAUCAGGAAAUUUUCAGUGUGUGUUUGUGUCUGUGCAUGUGCAGGAGAAAGAGGAACAAAAAAAAACAAGCAAGCAAGGGAGUUUAAGAGAGGUCAAAAACAAAAUCAAAGAUUCACAUCAUCUUCAUGUGGCAGUAAUACACAGCCGGGGCUUUGCACUAGGUUUGUGACAUUAAUGCCAAAGCACUUCUGCAAUAUACGCAACAUUGGGACCUCUAAAAGCAAUUUUCAUCACACGGUAUCGUCCCUUUGCACAAUAAGAUUGACAAAAGUUGCUAUUGCAGAUUUCCUGCUCGUUUCUUGACACUGACGGAAAAUGGUCAAAGCGUAAAAAAGAAUUGUUCGGCAUUAUGGGGAAUUGACUCUUGAACUCUUCUUCUUGUCCAGAGUCAGAUGAGAAGAUUGAUGCGGCCCUCAUUUCUGUCCGUUGGAUAUGAAGCUGCCAGUUAGCGUAGCUUAGCAUGAGGCCCUGGAAAUGAGCAGACGCAGAUUGGCCUGUAAAAAGCGAAAUAUCUUUGACCAGCACUUACUAUAAUAAGCACAUUAGAUUUUGUUUUGGGUGUUACGUGGAAGAUCAGGGCCAAAAGACAGUCGGGGCACGGGACGCCCCCAGAAGAAACUGCAAUUUACAUUUGUACACUUGGCUCGUACAGAUUUAACUUUAGAGGUUAUAACUUUAUAAGCUUUAGAAGUGCUUGUUGGCGUGUUUCCAGGGGAGGCGAGCUGCUGCAGAUUCGUACUGGCCGCACGGACGCGAGAAAGGCAUCGAUCCUCUCGUCUUGUUCCUCUUGUUCGUUUUGUUUUUGACCCCUUUCAGUUCCGUGGAUGCACUGCACUUCUUCUGCACCGGUGUCACCAAACAUUGGACUUUUCCAAUAGCUUAACUUUUCGUAGAUAAUUAGAACACCUUCAGAGUCAAAUGUGGCCAAAUGUUUUGGGCAACAAGACAAAGCUGAUGAAGUUACAGAGCUGCAGCGGUGAAGAAAGAAUGUAAAUAGAUGUACAGUCACUGUCCAAACCUUCACGUCUCCCUCUGGUUGGUUUGCCCUAACCACUACUCCACACUACUGACCACUACAAUCUACCACCCUGCGGUGUGGAUGGACUUACAAUGUCAAGAGAUUUGCAAGGAGUUGCCUCAAAACUAAAACUCUAUCCCUUAAAGAUUGUGUCUCAGUAGCUAAUUGAUGUAGCAAUAAAUGCACGAGGCGGGCGAUUCCUCGUGAGGCAGAGUUUGUCUUUCACCCUUUACCCUGUAGAUGGUGACAGGGCACUUACAGAGAGCGGACCCUCCUUUUUUCACUCAUGGAUCCUUCUCUCUCCCCCCCUUCAAAUGCCAUCUACCCCAGAAAUUUGCAUUUCUCUGCAGCUCUGUUACUUUUUUCAAGCAGCGUUUGCAACUUUUGUUGUUGUUCUGAUUAACAAGUCAAAGCAAAAGAGACAUAAGGACCAGCUCUAAUGAUUUGUUCUCUGUAGCGGAUUUUAUUUUUAGCCAACGUAGAAAAGUAAUGACAGCCAGCGGAACUUUUAAUUUCUAUAACUAAACUAUUGAUUUUUAUUUUCUCUCUCUUUGCUCAGCGCGGCUGAGGACCAACGUAGACGAGAUUCUUCUCCAGCUUUGUCUCUAACUGAUGCACAAUAGUAACUAUUGACAGAGGAGGUUGCUUCUGUUGCUCUCUGACCAGUUGUGUAAUCACGGGGCCUCUGGUCUCUGGGCGGCUCCUCAGGGCUCGACGUCUCGAUACUUCAAAAACUGCAAAGGGCCGAUCCACCACGGCAGGUCUGACCAAAAAAAAACUAAAAUUAAAAAAAACUACGACUCAAAAAACAAACAAACAAACAAAACAAAAAAAAACU